CAUCGAAUCAAUGAAUGAAUGAUUUAGUGAUCUAAACUAGAAAAUAAAAUAUGGAUGCCGAAGCAGAUGAUGGAGUUGAUAUCAAAACUGUUGAGGAUGAAGGGUUUGUUCCCAAAAAUGAGGAUCCGGCAUUUGUAACUGGAAUAUUCAACACUGGUGUAGGAUUUCUACAGCAGUAUGGUUGGUUUAUCCUCCUUGGUGUCCUUAUUCUAAUGUACAUCAAAAGUAAACUGGAUCCCAAGAUCAGGCAGAUGAAAACCAAAGCAGAGGAUGUCAGUUUCCAGAAAAAGUAUGAUCCAGACACGGCCCAGAGACGACUGGAAGCCAUGGAGAGAGCCAGAAUGAGGUUGCAGGAGGAACACGAUGCAAAAGCUGCCGUAUACGCUGAACAACAGAAACAGAAAGAAGAGGAGAAAAGAAAACAGAAAAUAGAAGAAUGGGAUAGCUUUCAAGAAGGAAAAGGCUACAGAUCAAAAUAUAAACCAAAGGACGAGUCUCCUGAAAGUAGUCAACGAAAUCUGAAGCCAAAACCUAAAUUGCGACAAAGUGAUUACAAUCCCUUAAUGGGAGGAGGGGGUGCUGGUUACAGGCCGGCCAGACGAAGUGGUGGUGGAUGAGGCUAACUUGUGUAUCUGUGGAACAAUCACGUGAUUUAAACAGGUCACGUGAAGAGAGUUACCCGGAUACAUUGAAUUAUUGACACGAUGCCCCUUGAUUUACUUCCCCUUUUUACCAAGAAUUUACUACUUUUGAAUGCGGAAUAGGAUGGCAAAAUUGCUUCAAUUAUGCAAAUAACACUCAGGAGUUAGGAAUAUUUGUGUUAUUAAGGAUUGUUUCAACAUAUAAACGUAAGAGUUUAUAGGUAGAUUUUUAGUAUUGGCGGUGAGGUGUAAAUUAGCUGAAGGAAAAUUGUGGAUUUUUACGGUGUUUAAAGAGCACGGACACAUUAAACCGAUAAUCGUAAAAUGGGAAAUUUCACCGGCGGCGACUGCUCGAAAAAUAAGGCGAGUCUGAUUGAUUUCAUAAUUCCAAUACUUUGCACUUUGUAAUUAAAUUUUAUAUCUAAAUAAUAGGGCUGAUCUAUUUUAUCAUUUCCACAACUAAUAAAAAUGUCGUUCGUAUACGAGAAUGAAGAUUCUCCGAGGGAAAAAUGUUUCUUAGGAUUGUACAUUUUUGGAAAUCUUAAAUAGUUCUCAUAGAAAAAGAAAUAUAUGAAUAUUGCUUUUAAUUAUCUUUUGUAAACAAGGGGCUGUUAUACACUAACAAUGUAACUUGAUAUAUAUUCAAGUGUUUAUGAAGUGUUAUCUGAAAAGAGACACACGUCUCCAAGAUAAUGUGGAAGAAUGUACAUUGUUUUUGUAUCACAACAAAGAUACUAUGAAUUAUUAUUGUCAUUUUUUGUCAAAUAAAUGUCUAUUUAUUUUUUA